AUGGGCAAAAAAUUUUAUGUACACAAAACUGUGGAGAGUUACCGUCAUUAUCGAAUCGAUUCAGCUGUUCGAAGCACAUGCUUUAAACUAAACGAAAGCGUGCGUGUGAUCGAUGUGCGAGCAAUAACGGAACCGAAAGAAGGAAUGACUGGCACCUUGCCGACGUUAGUCUAUUCAAACAAGAAAAAAUCAACCGGUGCUUACAUGCAAACAUCUGAAGUGGUUGAUGUGACCAUCGUGCAGUUAUGGCCACGCUUAAGACGCCGAAAACUACCAGUUCGUCCCGAAUUCGCAACCGUCCCAUAUUCACAUUUAUCAGAAUCACCAUCUAUAUUAAAUAGAUGA